AUGGAGGCCGGUGAAUAUACGAUCAACGCCUUAGUAAUUAAUAAUAUCACUUCCAUUUCAUAUCGAACAUAUGAGCUCUCUGCCACCGAUCAAUACCAGUCGCAACCGAACCCGACCGUCAUCCAAGAUGUCGAAUCUCUAUUUCGGACGCAGGGGUGUAUCGCGCACUUUGAUACGUCGCGCCGCAUAAUAUGGCACUUUGGCGUCACGAGGAAGGAAAAUACAACAUCGCCCUUUUCUACAGGCCCUUCCCUUCCCGAUAACCUCGACAUUCCUGGCGUUACCCUAUCGCCAUUCUUCCCCGUCGAUCUGAAGCCGGCCUCUUUUGGCGCCAUCACGGUCAACGAUGCCUACGAGAAUUUCAUCCUCGCUCUGCUUGGAACCGUCCUUGCAGAGCUCGUCAAGCGCACCGGUGCCAUCCCCUUGAUAGCCCUAUCCCUCUUCUCCCUGCCAUUCGCCGAAACUCCCAUUCUACUCGCACCCUUUGGUGUAAGGGCCAGCUCCCAAGGGGCGCCCGAUAUCGGACUGUCUCACCUUGAUACUGGCGCCGCCCAAACGCCAGACACACAAAUUAGCCGUUUUCAGGACACGCGCUCCACCCGGUGGCGGCAGGUGUGCUCGAGGUUGCUGCAACUCAAGGGCAUACCCGCCCAGGUCCUAGACUCUUGCCCAUGCUCCGCUAGCCUACCCCCGAUUAGCCGCCUUGGAGGGAACCUUCUCCUAGGCCGUGAUGAGUCGUACGACCCGCUAGAACGAGCCAAAGCCUGGUUCCAAGAGGCGCCAGAGCGGGGUGAGACAGCAGCGAGGCGCAAAGAGAACGCGAGGCAGCGGUGCCUUCCAACGGGCGGCAAAUGCCGCUGCCUUAGCGGCCGGUGUGAUGUAUCCGACACCCCCGAUGCCAUACAGAAUCCAAGCGCCCCGACCCCUAGCCUCGAUGGCGUUGCAGCGACGAGUCCCCAUACUCACCCACCAAGUGUCGCCGUCACCGACACGGAUGUGGCCAUUGUUGUCAUCGAUUCUAGCCAGCCUGAGCCGAAGAGUGUACCGCCGAAGCCCGAGUCGCCCGUCUUUGCAAAGCCAGAACUUAGACAUGCAAGGAGCGUAUUAGGCGAUGACGCAAAAUCAGGAGGGAAGCAGAGAGCCCCGAGCAUCGUAAAGAGGGAGCAUAGCCCCUUUGAUCCUGACACUGUCUUCAAGCGGGUUCGCACCGCGCUUUAUCGGCCAGCUCAUCCAGGCACAUCCCACCCCACGCGGCGGAGGAGCGUCUACGACAAGGUCGAGUUUGAUGCAUUGGCAGCCCCUGUAACGAGCAAAUAUGUUAAUGGAGGCAAAUAUGCUUUCACGUGGUCCCCCUCGAAGGAGGAUGUCAACCCCAAGGCCCCGCCAACGACGGAUUACCUGAGACGCCACGGCAAGAACGGCAAGACUUUGAAGGGCCUCCCGGAAAACCACGGGGCGCUGAUCGCGCGCAUCACGACCGGCCUAGAGUCCAGCUCCAUCAAUGCAAGCCCCGCCAAAAUCGAAGGUCUUGCUGACCUCGAUAUCGAUGAUACGAGUAGCGUGUCUGACCAAGACGAUACGAGCGUAUCGAGCGCUGAACCCUUCUCCCCAGUCAAGUCAGCAGGGCCCCGCAAAGCGAAUAACGAAGACGACUUGAUUUCGCAUGCGGCCUCACUUCGAGACGUCGAAGUGCCCGACGAUUCAGACCCGAGCUUUGUGCUGGAAUUGCCCCGGUUGGGCAGGGCGUGGACGGCGGAAAUGUCGGUCGCAAAGCUUUUUGCUGACCCGGAACCGUUAACACUGCAACUUAAUCUACCGGACGGGGACAUGAUUGCUAUCGCACAAAUAUUGACAGAGCAGGCUGCCCUAGGCGCACUCGAGGUACAGAGCGACACCGCAUUGCGGAAGCCACCGCCUGCGUGUCCCGUCAAGCGCCGUCAGCUAGCGUCGCUCUCGCGGCAGGCGUUGCGUGCGCUGCAAGACUCUUUGCCUGCCAACCUUGGCGGCGCGUCAGAGUGUCUGCUCAGGGCGUUUUCGGAAAUCCAGGACGGAACCCCACCACUCGGCCCACCCAGCCGGCCCCUCAUGCCUUCCCGCCCGGUCGGUGGCCGAGAUCCUUCCUCAUCCGUACCGCCAACCGUGUAUCAAAUACCUCCUCCCCAUCUAGAGGUGAAGCGAGCGGAAACCCGACUAUCAGUUCUGCCCUCGGCGGCGUUAUUUUGGGAGAGCCUUGGAUUCGGCCCAUCGAUGGGACCCAAGGACGUGCGGGCUGCGUGCGUUUUCCCUGGGUGGGAUGGCAUGCCUGACAAUGCCGGGGCCUUCCUAGAGCGUUUGAAGAGCGUGUAUGAAUCUAUGAAGCUAGGCAGCUUUGAGACUCUCGAAUCCACGGACAAUAUUGUAGAUGGUCUAGUUCGCUACGACGUUGACAAGAUUUCUAUGACGCCGGGGACCGUCUUUCCGAGAAUUAGCUCCGCUCUUGCCGAGCGCGUCGAGCUUCUCUGCCAAGCUCUCAGAGGGACCACCGCGUCGUCCAAGAAUUUGCAGCUCUCCGAGGCGUACAAGAGUAGCCACAUGGGCAAGAAUUCUACUCCGCCUAACGAAGUGGUUCUCCAACUCGUCCCCUUGGACCUAAUCUGCGCCAGCUUCUCGGUCGUCAUCCAAAGUCCUGCGAGCCUUGUGAAGCUUUGUCUCGAGGUGUAUGACCGAUGCGCAUCAUUCAAUGGCACCACGCCCGCUCCGUCCAUUAUGCUCGAGCAAGUAUCGCCAAGGUUCAUCGACUUUAGUCUACAACCGACGCCGUCGGCUUCCGUUAUGCACGAGAAUUCAUGCAUCCAUGUCGCUUAUGCCCGCAGCAUAAACGGCAGAUGGGUGACGGCUGCGUGGACCGAUAGUCGCGGGAGCCAACAGAUGACGGCAUCGUAUUGCCUGGGGCGAAAAGGCCGUCCUAUCGCGACGCCGUUUACGGAUGUUGCGCACGAGAUCUGGGAGACCACGCAUGAUUUAAUAUCCAUGUGGAAGGUACACUGGCGAGUCGUCAUCACCAAAUGCGGGACCAUGGACGCGGACGAGAUGGAAUUCUGGACGGGAUUGGCCCAAACGGAGUCCAAAGCCCGAGUCAGUUUAGUGUUGAUGGCGGUGGAUACUAGCCCAUCCGUUCAACUACUUCCUCCCGCGAUCCGACUCAACCCGUCGGUCUCGGCCACCUUUUAUACCACGCCCGCUUCGACUCCCCAAGCGAGCAUCCUAUCCCCCGAACAGAGCGGUAACCCCGCAACGCCCGCCAACGCGCCGACGCCCAGCGAUGCCAACGCAGCGGAUGGUGCCACAUCAGACGGCAUCCUGGUCGACAUCAUGGACCAGUCGUGGGGCUGCAUCCUCGGGCAUCGGCUCAACAACUCGACAUCACCUACAGAGAUCAACCCGGCGCUCUUUAGCGGCUACCUUAUCAAGCGCGGAGGCACCAAAUUGGAAGAUCCGCCGGUGGUUAUGGAAGUGAACGUCAUCUACAGCGACGGUACUAACCCCAGGCAGCACGAGGGUUGCUUCGCGAGAUGCUAG